AAUCGGGCGCCACUGUUUGUAAGCCCUCCACAGCCUUCAUCUUCUUUUGUUUUUCUUUUUCAUUUUUCUUUUCUUAAUUUGUUUGAUUCAUCAAACAUGGGUUGUUCGCCGUCUAAGCUAGACAAUGAAGACACUGUGAGGCGGUGCAAGGAGAGGCGCCGCUUUAUGAAGGAAGCCGUUAACGCUCGACACCACUUAGCCGCCGCUCACGCUGAUUACUUCCGCUCUCUCCGUGUCACUGGCUCUGCUCUCUCCUCCUUCGCAGCUGGUGAGCCCCUUUCCGUCUCCGACGAAACCCCUGCCGUCGUUAUCCACCCUGCCAAACCUUCUACGCCACCCACCAAUCCUAUCCCUCCACGUGUCCCUCAAUCACCUUCCCCUUCUCUCCACCCUCCUCCUCCUCCUCCGUUCUCUCCUUCGCCUGCCCCUUCUCCCACUAUCGCUAGCUCCAAACUCCCUCACAUUCUCUCCGCUUCAAGUCUCCCAUCUCCGGCACCCAAUCGUCGCCGGCUACGUAAGUUACCGCCAAAACUCCCGCACAUUUUGUCCGAGUCGAGUCCUUAUUCUUCACCUCGAAGCUCGAAAUCCGGUUUUUCAAACAACUUUUUCCCCACAGCUUUUCAAGCUAAUUCCACUUACUCUGACACUCAUUCUCAAGCUUCUUCUGUUUGGAACUGGGAAAACUUUUGCCCUCCCUCCCCGCCGGACUCCGAUUUCUUCUACCAGAAGCUUCAACAACGAAAGCAACAACUGCCCCAACGCAAUCACCAUCAUUUAGACUACAACAGCAGCCAUGAAGAUACCGAAACGGAAAAAUCAGAAUACGAUUUCUUCCAUCCACAAAAACCGAAUCAUGGUUACAACAUCAAUUCGGAUCACGCUAAGAGUAAUUUCAAUGAGGAAACCGGAAGAGAAGAAGUUCAAUGUAGUGAAUGGGGAGAUCACGAACACGACAAUUACACUACAACGAGUUCAUCAGAUGGUGAGGCGGAGGAGAGCGAUUACUUGGCAUCCAGAUCCGAGAUUGAGAAUUUCGGGUCCUCUAUGAGAGGGGAGUCGGAGAAGUUGCGUAAUCUUCAUAAUCAGACUCCUCCGCCAGCCCAGCCACCGCAGCAGAUGUAUGGAGGCGCCGGUGGUAAUAAAAUGGAUAGUAAGUCGGAGGAUGCGGGAUCGGCGGCCAGUUUUAGAACUGGUGCUAUGAUGGAUAUGAAGAUGGUGGUUAGACAUAAGGAUUUGAAAGAGAUUGUCGAUGCGAUCAAAGAGAAUUUCGACAAAGCCGCCGCCGCCGGAGAUCAGGUAUCAGAGAUGUUAGAGAUCAGUAAAGAACAGCUUGAUAAAAGUUUCAGGCAAUUGAAAAGAACGGUGUAUCAUUCGAGUAGUAUAUUGAGUAACUUGAGCUCGAGCUGGACUUCAAAGCCUCCGUUGGCGGUGAAAUACCGGCUUGAUUCGGCUGCCCUUAGUGAACCGGGCCGUUCUAAGAGCCUUUGUUCUACUUUGGACCGGCUCUUGGCUUGGGAGAAGAAGCUGUGCGAGGAGGUUAAGGCUAGAGAAGGAGUAAAGAUUGAGCAUGAGAAAAAGUUGUCAGCAUUGCAAAGUCAAGAAUACAAGGGGGAGGAUGAAGCCAAGAUAGACAAGACCAAAGCUUCCAUAACAAGGUUGCAGUCCCUAAUUAUCGUUACAUCUCAGGCCGUGUCUACCACCUCUACUGCCAUUGUCACGCUUCGAGACUGUGAUCUCGUUCCUCAGCUUGUCGAAAUUUGUCAUGCCUUCAGGUAUAUGUGGGCGUCAAUGAAUCAAUACCAUGAAGUUCAGAACAAUAUCGUGCAACAAGUCCGUGGCCUCAUAAACAGAUCAGGGAAAGGUGACUCAACUUCCGAACUGCAUCGGCAGGCAACACGUGAUCUUGAGUCAGCGGUCUCCGCAUGGCACUCUAAUUUCUGCCGUUUGAUAAAGUUUCAGCGGGAUUUUGUCUGCUCUCUCCAUGGCUGGUUCAAGCUCACCCUUCUUCCUGUCAGCAACGACAAUGUCAAUGGAAACACAGAGCCUUCUAGCGUUUAUGCAUUUUGUGACGAGUGGAAGCUCGCUCUUGACCGACUUCCUGACACAGUAGCUUCUGAAGCUAUCAAAAGUUUUAUCAAUGUUGUCCAUGUCAUAUCCGUUAAACAAUCCGAAGAGCUCAAGGUUAAGAAGCAAACUGAAACGGCAUCGAAGGAGCUUGAGAAAAAGGCAUCAUCUCUGCGCAACAUAGAAAGGAAGUUCUACCAGUCAUAUUCCAUGGUGGGUGUCGGACUUCCUGAAUCCGGGCCUGAAUAUGGGCAGGUUCUAGAUGCUCGGGAUCCCCUGGCUGAAAAGAAAUCGGAGCUUGCAGCUUCCCAAAGGCGGGUGGAAGAUCAAAUGAUGAGGCAUGCCAAAGCAGUGGAGGUUACAAGAGCAAUGACACUGAAUAAUCUUCAAACAGGGUUACCAGGAGUAUUCCAAGCAUUGACCAGCUUUUCUGCAUUAUUUACGGAAGCACUUGACUCAGUUUGCUCGCGCUCCUAUCAUAUCAAAUAGAUGAAUACAUGGAAAUUUUGAGAUCAUCAACUGUGUGUAUAGGAAACUGCUCAGAUUAUUGUAUGAAAAGAGAAAAGGUUGCCAUGUCGACAGAUGAAUAGAUACUCCGAUUGCAACUUUCUUCCAACUGUGUGUUUUGUGUAUUAUUUUUGGUUUUUUUUAAAAAGGGAUAGAGGUUGUUUAAGGGUUCGAAUUGGGUACAGGUGAAAGCUUCUCUCGAGGUAGGUAACGAACAUGGUAGGGACCAAUCUAUAUUGAUAAUCCUUACCAUGCCUAUCGGGCACAUGAACCUUUACUUCCUCCUUUUUUUCUCCUUGAAAAGGAGAGGUUUUAUCAAAUGAUCAAACACAUUUAAUACGGUAAA